AUGACGCUGUUGCGCUUCCCGAGUUUCGGCCCGCAAGCAGCCUUCUUUUCGCACGAGUAUUUUCCUGAGUUGCCUUGCCUGCUGCUUGAUGUGCGACAAUGGAUCCCUGCUGGACUACAACAGAGCGAUCGCAAGCUGCAGAAAGUCAAGAGACUGGAAGCAUGGUGUGGUGCUGCUCUGCGAGAUGGAGUUCAUGCUGCUGGAAGCCGAUGGCAUUACCUACAACUCUGA